GUUCAUCAUGCAAGGGUUUAGGAGACUAGUUAGGGCCGGUCUCUUGCUGCACUGCCUCCUCCGAUGGAUCUAUCUCGUGAACUCCAGUCCUCCACCCGAUCCGGUGCAGUGCUCGUCAGGCACUUCCGACUGCACCGUCACCAACGCCUACGGGGCGUUCCCCGAUCGAUCCGUAUGCUCGGCUGGCGAUGUCGCGUAUCCGACCAGUGAGGCGGAGCUUGUCAAGGCCGUGGCCGAAGCAGCAGCUUCCAAGAGGAAGAUGAAGGUCGCCACACGAUUCGCGCACAGCAUCCCGAAGCUGGCUUGCCCCGGCGGCAGUGACGGCCUCAUCAUCAGCACGCGGGACCUCAACCACAUCGUGAGCACCGACGUCGCCGCGAUGACGAUCACGGUCGAGAGCGGGGUGGUGCUGGAGGACCUGAUAAAGGCAGCAGCGGCGUCCGGGUUAGCGCUACCCUACACACCCUACUGGUGGGGCUUGACGAUCGGCGGCUUGCUGUCGACUGGUUCGCACGGGAGCUCGGCGUGGGGGAACGGGAGUGCGGUCCACGAAUACGUGGUGGGCAUCAGGUUGGUGACGCCGGCAUCGGCCGCAGAGGGCUACGCCAUGGUUCGGAAGUUGGAGGUGGGUCACCCUGACAUGGAAGCGGCAAAGGUCUCGCUCGGAGUCCUCGGAGUUAUUUCGCAGGUAACGCUGGCCUUGCAGCCGCUGUUCAAGAGGUCCAUCACAUUCUCAAAAUACGACGACGCAGAUCUUGCAGAAAUGGCUGUCACUUUCGGCAACCAGCACGAGUUCGCGGACAUGGCGUGGUACCCGGGCCACAGCAAAGUUAUCUACCGCAUCGACGAUCGAGUCCCCUCCAAUGCUUCCGGCAAUGGCCUGUUCGACUUUACAGGGUUUCGUUCCACUGUAACCCUAGCAAUAGAAGUUAACAGAUUGGCAGAGGAGAAAUUGGAAGCAAAAGGAAACGCACUGGGGAAGUGCCUGGACUCCAAGCUCACCACAUCUGUGAUCUCGCUCGGUGGCUACGGACUGACGAACGAUGGCUUAUUGUUCACGGGCUACCCGGUGAUCGGCAACCAGAACAGGCUUCAAUCCUCGGGAAGCUGCAUCCGUAGCCCACGCGACGCUCUCCUCACCGCUUGCCCUUGGGAUUCCAGGCUCAAGGGAGAGUUCUUUCACCAGACCGCGGUCAGCAUCGGCUUGUCCAAAGCGAAGGACUUCAUCCUUGACGUGCAGAAGCUGAGGGACAUGAACCCCAAAGCGCUGUGCGGCGUGGAGCUGUACGACGGCAUCCUGAUGCGCUACGUGAAGGCUUCUACCGCUUACCUCGGCAAGCAGGAGGACGCCAUAGACUUUGACAUCACCUACUACAGGAGCCAUGAUCCGAUGGCCCCGAGACUCCACGAAGACGUGCUAGAAGAGAUAGAGCAGAUGGCACUGUUCAAGUAUGGCGGCCUCCCGCACUGGGGGAAGAACAGAAACUUGGCGUUUGAUGGGGUGAUCAACAAGUACGUGAAGGCCCAAGAUUUCCUGCGGGUGAAGGAUGCCUAUGAUCCGGAAGAACUGUUCUCCAGCGAAUGGACGGAUCAGGUUCUCGGUGUGAGGGGGACGACGACGAUAGUGAGGGAGGGUUGCGCAUUGGAAGGGCUGUGCAUCUGCUCCGAGGACAGCCAUUGUGCUCCUGAUAAGGGCUACUACUGUCGUCCCGGUAAGGUGUACGAGGAUGCCAGAGUUUGCACCCGCCUAUCCAAAUAACACCUUACUUUUUGGCUGUUAUCGAAAGAUCUAAGUCGAUGCAAAGAGCAAAGUAUCAAUCUGAAAGAAUAGUCAAUCAAUCAUAGUUGGAGUCAAAGAGAUUUGCUCGAGUUGUGUUGGA